GUCGACAGCACCAGCACGACACCCGCCUCCGUCCUCAUCAGCUUCACAAACAACAACCCUGGGCAUCUGAACUAACUUUCCUCUCCCUCUGUUUCCUCACCUCCUGACGCGGAGCCCUCCGAUGCCUGGACCCCUUCCAUGGUCGCGCGAUGGUCCGACACACCGCUAUCUCUGCGGCCAUCGCCCAAGUCCUCGUUCUCGUCGAACAAUUGGACGGCGUUGGAUUAUGAUGAAGACUGGGCUCGGGGAGAUCACACAUGCUCUUGUUCUGUUCAGGGAUGUUCCACUUGUGCACCUUCGGAAUCGGGACAAACCUCACCGACACCAUUCGCCACAACUGGUUUUUCUCUGGGUUCAAGCCGACAGGAUCUUCUCGGCAUGGGGUGCCAGAAAGAAAUGAAGGUACAAAGUGGAACCCCGCACACUAUUCCGCUCGUGCACGGACCCUCGACGCAUUUCUGUGGGAAUCCGCCAGACUCUCCUCGUGUGCUACGCCGACCACUACUCGCUUCUCUUGACAAAUUCUUGUCAUCGUGCACAAUGUUGCUCCCUACGCAUUGCGCACUAGCGCGUCAUCGAUUGCGGUGUGUCCCUAGUGUAGAGGUUUUGUCAAAUAGGCCACAGAGAAUAAUGCUCCUGCAUUUCGAUGACAACGGAACCCCACACAAAAUCCAGUAUAGCGACAACAGUAUCUGCCCUCGCCGUCGACAUCCUUGGGAGACCGGCACGUGCGAGACUUAGGCGACGUGUAGUACGAACGCUAUAUCCAAGCCAUCUUCACCACACGCGCCAUCCUAGUCCUCUGCACGCGCCUCCAUCAACCUCUACACCGUGCUCUUCUCCGCUGACUUCAUACAAGUCGUCUUUGCCCCGACUUCAUCCACACCCAACGACGCUCUCUCCAUCCUCAUCUGGUCCGAUAUGACAACUGAGUCUUUCGCUCCAGCUCUAAAUUAUCCCUUUGUGCAUUAUGAAUGAACGCGCCA